ACCUGUCAGAAUUGUGGAACCUCCACCACUCCUCUCUGGCGCCGCGAUGAGUCGGGUGCCGUUCUCUGCAAUGCCUGCGGCUUGUUUCUCAAGCUGCACGGCCGACCUCGUCCUAUCUCCCUCAAGACAGAUGUCAUAAAGAGCCGCAACCGUGUCAAGACCAUGCGCCCUGGCAUGGAGAUGAAAAAGAAGAUCCAGGCCAUCGCAAAUGAGGCCAAUGUCGCUGAUAUCCAGGCCCAGAAUGCCGCCGCCGCCGCCCUCAGCGUUCGACGCACCGCCCAGAAACCUGGCAACGGUCACAUCGACGACACCAAUUCUCCCAUCUCCCGAACCACGACCCCCAACAUGUACGCCGGCCACAUGCUGUACCACGGCAUGGACGACCAUCACCUACAGCAGCCUCUGGCUGGCUUCGGUCUUGGUGGUCCAGGCAACGGUCGCGCUCCCUCGCCCCUGAACGGAGAGGGCGUGCCUCAGACACAGGAGGAGCUGCUUGCUCUCAACUCGGGCCUGAAGACGCGUGUUGAUGAGCUGGAAGUCAUCAAUGAUUUAAUUCAGCGCCGUCUCCAGCACUAUGAAGCCUUUGGUACAGGUGCAGCUGCCGCCGCCGGUCUUGUCGACGGCAGCCACGAGAACGAGGUGCAGCUGAGAGCCCAGCUCGACGCCCUUGCUGCCUCCGAGGCCCAGCUCCGCUCUCAGCUAGACGAGAGCCACCGCCGCGAAAACAAUCUGAAGCGACGUCUGGACGAGGUGGAGCUCGAGCUCAAGGACGUCAAGGAGUCCCUGGAAGCCCACGAGAACGGUCGUGCCAAGAAGAUUCGACUGGAUGAGGUCCAACCC